GUUACAAAACUAAAGCGGACAUUUGGUAGACAGCCCGCAAUAAAAAAAACGCACACCCAUGGAGUAAGGACCACAAGGGGAACUGACGCGGUUGCGGUGUUCCUGGUCUCUACAGUGAGGCUUCCCUUUGAAACGCAGAAACCUGCGGACUUCAUGCCGCCGGUUCCGGAGGCGGUUCGGUUCUCCCGGCCCGGGGCCACGGCCCCUAAAAAGCCGGAGAGGUCUCACAGCCGUUUCCGCGACGCGGGUUACGAAACCGCGGCGGUCGGGGAGGAUUUCCACCAGAUGCGUGACGAGGCGCAUAUAAGCGCGCCCGGGUCCGUGGCCAGCGGAGCUCCUCGAGCGUGUGUUCCCGAGCGCGUGCUGCGGGAUGGAUGGAGCGACGGAAGGUCCCGAGACCGCGACGGCACGGGAGCCCGACAUCAGCACCGCGCUCGGCGCUGGCGCAGGGUCCGAGGGUAAGCCCACGGCGAUGCCGCUCCGCAGGAAGAUCUGCUAUGCAGUCGGCGGGGCUCCUUAUCAGAUGACAUCGAACGCGAUUGGCUUCUUCAUGCAGAUCUUCCUCUUGGAUGUGGUCCAGAUGGAGGCCUUUUACGUGUCCCUGAUCCUGUUCUUGGGACGCGCCUGGGACGCCAUCACGGACCCCCUCAUUGGCUAUGUGGUCAGCAAAAGUGGGAAAACAAGGUUUGGCAAGCUGAUCCCCUGGGCUGUCUUCACCAUGCCGUUCGGGGUGCUGUCCUAUGUCUUGCUUUGGUCAACCCCCAAAGACACUAUGUCCUCCCAGCUCAGCUUCUUCUGGUACUUCUCCAUGUACUGCUUCUUCCAGACCUUCAUGAGUUGCUACCAUGUCCCUUAUUCAUCCCUCAACAUGUUCCUGGGUGGAGAUCAGAAAGACAGGGACUCGGCGACAGCCUUCAGGAUGGGUGUGGAGGUUUUUGGGACGUUGGCGGGGGCCACUAUCCAGGGGCAGAUCGUGGGAGUGUACCACGCCAGGAAGGCACAAGCCUGCAACGAGCUCAACUCCACCGACUUCAACCUCACGGCCCUGAACGCGACCGUUGCCCUCACGGACACUCUCUACGACACGAGGAAGGCCUACCUGAUUGCUGCUGUGAUUAACGGAAGCUUUUAUUUUCUCUGCUGUGUGGUGCUGUUUCUGGGGGUGAAGGAACAAUUAGCCCCCCUCAGCACCCUGGACAAGCUGCAGAUGUCGUACCUGUCGGGCCUGAGGUGUGUAGUGAGACACACCCCCUACGUGCGCCUGGUUUUCGGAUUCCUCUUUGCCUCCUUGGCGUUUCAGAUGGCGCAGGGGAACUUUGCCUUAUUCUGUACUCAUGCUGCGGGCCUUGGCGCCUACUUCCAACACCUCGUCCUCAUCCUGCUCGUGGCGGCUACUUUGUCAAUACCUCUAUGGCAGACUCUACUUGUGAAGUUUGGGAAAAGAACGGCACUUUUUGUGGGUCUUUCGUGCUACAUCCCAGCUCUGAUCAUCAUCGCCUCUGUUAGGAGUAACCUGCCUGUGUACGUCGUCAUGGCGAUCGUUGCAGGGUCCAGUCUGGCUGUACUGUACUUACUGCCAUGGUCCAUGCUGCCGGACGUGGUGGACGAUUUCAAAGUGAAGAACCCCAAUUGCAAGGACCUGGAGCCACUGUUUUACUCCUGCUAUGUCUUCUUUAAUAAAUUCGGGGGGGGGAUGGCCAUCGGAAUUUCCACCUUGGCUUUGCACUUUGCAGGGUACCGGCCAGGUGCCUGCAGGCACAACCCUGCGGUGAUCACGACCUUGAAGGUACUGUUCGCCCCAGCCCCCAUCGGGCUGCUGCUGGUGGGGAUGCUCAUCUUUUACUUCUACCCCAUCGACGAGAGGCGCCGGAGGGAGAUCAAGAUCGAGCUGGAGAGAGCGGAGAAAAAGGAGAACAACAUGAAUCUGAACACUCCUCUGCAGAAGCACUGAUCCCUCUGCACAGCCCCACAGCCCUGUCUGUCUGCAGCCUGUUCCCCCGUCAGGCGACACGAGUCUUAUCAGGACUUAAAGGAGUAGUGAGGCAGAUGUAUUCGCUGCACCGCAGUCCUGACUAAAUGAAAAUCCACUGUGUGUCUCCUGCUACACUCUGCUGACUCCAGCAGAUGUGCACCUGCUGUUUUAUUUUACUGCUGUCUAGCGCCGGGUGUCCUGCCCUGCGUCCGCUGGGGCAGAGCUCUGCUUGAGGUCAGCACGAUUUCACACUCGGCCAUUCCAGUCCAGUCUGUUGCAGUACUUCAGUGUCUUAGAUAGCAGAAUUCUCCUGCAGAAAGGACUGAGAGGGACGCUGGUCUGUGGGUGGAUAUAACACUCAUUUGUCAUUCAUCUUGAUUAGACUCCAUGUUUAGGAACAAGAGCAGUGCCUGUCCACCAAAAACUGCUUUUCUCAGAAGUAGAUUUUUUCAGGGUGGAUGGAGGACAGCUUUGACACCCUAAAUUAAAUAUUCCCAACUCCAGGAUGUGUGGUCUCUCAUCCCUGGCCCACCACUCUAUGUGAAAGUGAUGGACUGAGAAGAGGGCGGACCGGUGAUACAGUGAUUAGCACUGCUCUGGGGCUCUGGGUUCAAUGCCAGACCUGGGGAGCUGUCUAUGUGAGUCUGUUUGUUCUUGUGGCUUUCCUUGGGGUGCUCUGGUAUCCUCCUAUAGUCUGAAAACAGGCUGGAAGGUUAAUUGGCUUCUGGGGAAGAUUGGGCCUGCUGUGAGUGUCUGUGUUUAUGUUCUGUGUGCCCUGCAA